AUAGCGAAUUAAGUUAUAACCGAGUAUCGAUUUGAAGGGUACAAUGCUUUGAAAACAUUUUCUCAUAAAUAAUGUGAUGUAUAUUGUAUAAUACAUAAAUAAAUUGCCAACGACAGUUUAUAUUUAUUACAGGUUCCUUCUAUUCUCAAUCAUCAUGAAGUGUUCCUGGAGGAACUACGUAAAAGACUGGAUACCUGGGAACAGAAGCAGACGAUUGGCGAUGUCUUCCUCGAUGUGUUCACCAAGCCAGUCGUCCUGAAGACGUACACUCUUUUUCUUGACAAUUGGAAAUCUGCCAGGAAGGCGAUAAAAACAACCUGCCAAGCAAAACCGGCUUUCGCACGAUUCCUGGAGACAAUGGAACGGGAGCAUAAAGGAAAACUCGGACUCGAUCAGUUAUUGAUCAAACCGGUGCAGAAGAUACCUCGUUACGAGUUGCUGAUCCAGAGGCUGCUGAAGCAUACCGAUUCGACGCAUCCGGAUUUCGAGCUGUUGCAGGCUGCUCUGAAGGAGGUGCACGAGUUGGUCGUAAAAAUUAAUUGUACGGAAAGAGAGUCCCUCGAAUGGGAGCAACAACAAACUACGUUGAGGGAAGUUCAGGCCCUCGUCGAAGGACUCGACGGUAUCGUGACGAACGAUAGAGCGUUCGUGCGCCACGAUUUGGUAACGAUAGCCUCGAAUCAAGGAACCAGAAAGGAACGGGCGCUAUUUUUAUUCUCCGAUCUACUUGUUAUCACCCGGAUUAAAAGAAGAAGUGGAACUAUUAGAAAACCGUCCACUUCCUGCCCAAAUAGUCUGGUUGGCCUAUUGGAAGCGAAUAAAUACAAAAUGAUAAUGAGAAUUCCAUUGGAUGACGUAGAAGUUAUGAAAGCCAAAGACGAAAAUUUAAGGCGAAUGGCCCGUGAAGUGGAUCAUCUUCGUGAAGACUGCGCAACGUUGACACAGCUUCAAGAACUCGCGGCAACGUUACAUGGCGCAAAGCAACAGCUGGAGGAUCUUAUUAAGGAUAUGCUGGGACAAGCGCAACGUCAAUUAGCUGAAAGAAACGCGGCGCAUUCCCAGUUGGCUUGUCUAGAAUUAACGCUCAACACUCAGACCGGAAUCGAAAACAUUUCUGUGAUGUUCGCAAAGCCGGAUGAAAGAGCCAACUGGGAGGAAAGUCUCAACGAAGCCAAACAAAAGUUAGCAUUGUCCGCUGAUAGGAGGCCCUGCCCAGAGUUUGCGGGACCUCUGCCAGUUCGGAAGACUCGGGCCGGUUUGCAGUUCACCUGCGCGGCUCCUACUUUAACGAACGGACAAGGUUCCAGGGACGUAUGGGUGUGUAAUAGCGACGGUUACGUUGGUCAAGUGUGCGUGCUGAGCCUCACUCCGGAACCACCGCAGGUGACGUCUUGUAACGGAGUCUGCAACGCAAGGAUUCUAUGCGUCGCAGGAAUUCCAGCGUGUACGCAAAGAUCGAAUUCGUGCGUGACUAACAACGUUUCAUUCGCGAACAGUAAGAGCGGCAUAAGCAUCUCGGUCCAGGAUGUCGAUGCCAGUGGCAGGAACAUACAGUUAGAUAGUAGCUCGAGCUCCGAUGAAUCGGACUCAGACGACAUUCCAUGCGCGGAUACGGGUAGCCUGACUUUGGGCGGCGAUGUUCCAAGUAUUGACAACGUUACGACAGAAGAAGACGUUAAUCAAGCAACCAUGUGGCUGGGGACUGAAGACGGAUGCAUACACGUUUACAAUUGUAACGAUAACAUCAGGACGAAAAAGAACAAAAUAAAGAUACAGCAUAACAGCAGUGUUCAUUGCAUUAUAUAUUUGGAUAACAAAGUAUUUGUGUCACUCGCUAAUGGAGACAUUGCUGUAUAUACACGAGAUCACAUGGGUGGUUGGAAUACACCGGUUUCAACAACGGUAUCAGUAGGCACCGUAGCUACACCGGUUACAAAGAUGCUACCAGUAUCCGGAAAAAUUUGGUGCGGCUGCCACAACUCCGUGAAAAUCUUAAACACUCAGGUGCUGGACAUAGAACACUCGUUCGCGGUCAGCGAAGAUACGUCUUUGACGGUUUCUUGCAUGGCGAGCUCCGGCGGCCUUGGAGUUUGGAUUUCUUUGCACAUUAGCGCUGUGUUACGAUUGUUCCAUUCUGCAAGUUACGAAUGCCUCACGGACAUCAACAUAGCGCCGGCUGUCACCAAAAUGCUUACCACAGGUUGCGAUGUCAUAAUACGACAGCACAAGGCCGCGCUCCUCAGGGUCACCGCACUUUUGGCUUGCAACGAAUUGCUUUGGAUCGGCACGAGCGCUGGCGUACUAUUGACCGUGCCAAUUCCUCAUAUAAAGCCAUCCACUCAGAGAAUGUCCCAACCACCGAUCGUAACUGGUAUUCCACAUGGACACACUGGACACGUACGUUUUCUCACAUGCGUGGAAACGACGACGCCAUCGAAGCCAGAUCCGCGUCCAAACUCUCUGAAGUCCAGCAAGAACCAACAAAAUAAUAUCAGUCGUGGAAAGCUGUUGGUUAUAUCAGGCGGAGAUGGUUACGAGGACUUCAGAGGGCCACAGGCAUCUGCCGAGCUGCAGGCUGGACGUGAGGACUCGACUAAUCAUCUGCUGCUAUGGAAAGUGUGAUGCGAUCUAGCACGGUCCUCGACAAGGGCCGCAGUUUACGUACAUCGGCAUGACAUGCCGUGGGAAUCAUUCUUGCGUAUGCACUCCAUAUGCGAUCGGGUCCGUCAUCGUCCGAUCGUGACUGUUCAGGACGCAUUCGCCCGACGGUUUUUCAGGGAACGCGGUAAGGUUCUCUGGCUGGUUUUGGCCGAGUGGAUCAAAAGCAGGAUGAGGGAGGUCCGUUAUUUACAAGGUGCCAAGAAGCACGUGUUCCAAGAUACUAUGAAACCGGAGUAAGUAGGUUUCUCUAACCGUCAUUUAUUACUGAUCGAGGCUACAACUUGUCGAUGAUUUAUUCGACAUUCGUUGGAUCACUUUAGAUGAAGCUACGAGACGAUUCGCUGAAAUCAAAUUGAAACGCGAAUAGCGCCGUUCUAAGAGUACUAAUUCACGCGGUGAGAAGAUUUAAAAUUAACAGGUCAAUAUGAAAAUGAAUAUCUGUUGUCUAUUUAAAAAAAUGUUUGAUAUCUGAUAAUCGAUUCGAUGCCAAUUUGUACUUUUGCAAUGGACAAGGUUGAUGAUCAUGGUUUUUCGGCGUUCGAUCUUGCGGCAUCAGUUCGUCACGUGAUUUUGAUUAAGUGUCGAUCUGUCGAUGUAGAUAAGUACUUUGGUGUUUAAUAAAAAAGAAAGCAGGCAAACGAACGUACGUUCUUGUAAGAAUUUAAUUUACGCACGCGUGUACUCGCUUAUUACAUUUGAUGCGUGCAAGUGUUAGCCCAUAGUUAGUGAGAUAAGGUACGAUUGACGUUACUCAGAAGUAGGCGGAAAAUUUUGCGAAAAUUAAGACACAGUAUAAAAUGAGUUUCUAAAAUCCGAAAAGGAUACAUUGAUCAAUCAAUGUACGCAAGUUACAAAGUUGGAGACUUAUUCAAUUCGUCUCGCCAAAAGAAGCAGGUCAUUGUAUUUAUGUAUCAACAUAGCAGUCUGGCCCGAUCUUAUACAGAUUGAUUGAAAAAAAUUUGGCACAAUUGCUGUGAAGAUUAAAAUGUAAAAAUAAAGCAUUUAAGAAAAUUAGAUUAGAUGCGAUUUUUGUUUACAUUAAAAAAUGUUCAAUUAACGUUAGUUCAUUAUCGUUGUUAGUGUCAACGUAGAUACUUUAAUGUUCAAUAAAGGGAGAGUAAAUGAUGUUAAAAUUUAUCUCACUAAUUGAUGGUUAACAAACGAAAAUAAAUGAAUUACGAUACCUGGAGGAGUAUUGAAACGAGCUUACACACAGUACCGCGAUGCUGGCCUAAAAAUGCCUUUAAAACGUUCCUAAAAGGGAAUUAAUCGAGUUAGGACGUCAAAACAAGAUUACCAAUGUCUAUCGAUUGACGCUGUACAACACGUGUAGUGACAAGUAAUAUCAUUGUUUAGUAAUAAUUCAUCGAUCAGAACUGAAUGUGUUCGUGUUUAAUCGUCAAAUAAAAUUCUAGCAAAUUUUCGAAACCCAAGGCGGUAUAAAUGUACAUUGGAUACAAAUCAACAUUUUUUAUGCUGAAAUUUACGAGAAAAAAACGAUUUUAUUUCUAAUUGCAAGAAAUAUUAUUUAUCGUUAUUUAAAAAAAUGAUCGAAUGAAAUUUUAUUUAUUCAAUGGGAAAGGAGGCAAUGUGUUUGUUAGAAAUUUUCUUCCCAUUUGCCUUUCCUUUGAUUCCUUUUUUUCUUAUCGAUAUGCCAGCGGUACUCUCGUCGAGGCAUCUUGCCAAAUGUCUCGCUGAGACUCUUACCGAGGCGAAUACUAUUUGCUUCCCUCAUCUUGGCUCGAGUCUUGAAAUCAUUACACUUUUCUGGCUUGGCAUAAAUGUUCUCGAAUUUGCUGCUCGUCUUCGCGUCUCGUAAUAAAAAAAUCAAUUCGAAAUCGAACGUUGAGGACAUGAGACAAAGCUAUACGAGGCGUAGCAAGCAAUGCAAAAUACACUUUGGCUGCUCUCGCCUUGCCUCGUCGAGAACGUACUGCUAGCAAUAGAGAUUGUUGGAAGCAGAAUAAAAAUAAGUCCUUAAUGAUUUGUCACGAUAAUUAUUCUAUUUAAGAAAAUUAAGUUAUCGGUGUAUAUAAUGGUACAAAAUUCAAGAGGCCAAAACUCUAAUCCUGUCAUCUAUGGAUAGGCAUUAAUCUCCUUAUAGAAGUUUUAUUCGCUUGAACUUCGAGGGACGCGUCCGACAUUUUAUAAUAUUAAGCGAUUUGCGGACGUAUCGACUAUACGUGAUUGAUAUACAGCGUGUUUGACAAUAAUUAAUUAAUAUCGAUUCUUGAAAUAAUGUUACGCGAGAUCUAUAUAGUAUCAUUGCAAUUUUUAUUGUUAAUCGCAUAUCUUUUGUCCAUUUAAUUUUCCAAAUCAACAGUCUUCGUAUGAAAUAUUCGCACGACAUGCUCCGUUUCAUGAUAAACGAAUCUCACGAUGAUAACAAUUUCACAAUCGUUACGUUUCACUAUCGUAACUUGUUUCGAUUAAUACCGGGGACACUUUACAGCUUCGGAUAAACUUUUCCCUAUAUCGAAGUGAAUGUUGUAUUCAUUUUACGAACUUUGGAGUUCUCUUGGAGGUGAUCGUACACAGGUGUCCAAUAUUAGAGGAUUACAUGAACAUUACAUGAAGUCCAAUAUUAGUGGAUUAAAAACUGUAAUUAUUCGAUUGAAAGAAAUUGUAUAAAUGCAACAUCUAAUUUUAAGAAAGGUACAAAAGAACAAAACAUUGAUGAAAUGAAAUAAAAGAUGAAUUAACUAUGCGAGUGUUGUAUCGCUUCACCGGAACAACCGGUAACGCUUUAGUGCUUCAAGACUGACUCGGAUAAUUUCAACAAACGAAGCAAAAUAUAACAUACUUAUUCCUUGUAUACAUGUAUUGCAAGUACUUAAUAGUACCCACGUUUUUAUUUCCAAAUUACCUGAACCGGCUUGAACUGAGAAACGGCACCCCUCUACGAUUAUCACAGAAAGAGAGACACCUUGUCUUGUACAUAAUUAUCAACAUACCUGUACGUGUGAAUAAAUCGUUGUCUCGCUUGAAACCAAAAUGUGCACUUCGUUGCCAGUGAAAUUGUCGACCGCGUACAGGACUUAUAUUUUGUUUAUAGGUGUGAUUUCCACUAUUGUAGAGAGUCGAAUAUAUGUACAUGUUCGAACGCGAUUGAGCUUAUUGUCAGUUGCGUGAAGAAACGAGAGGGAAGCGCAUAUAAAACGUGAUUCUAAGGACUGCACGUGUGACGAAUCUUUGCCUUUGAAUGUGUGUUUGUCUUUCACGAAUCGAAACGAAUCGAGUUUGCCUGUGACGCAACGUGCACAAUCAUAUCUAACUACUCUAUUUGUGUGAUACGACGGUGAACAGAAAAUGUUAGGGUGCACCGUUUCGCAACGAUUGCAACGCUGAUCAAGUACAUUUAGCAGAAGUAUCUGGCAAAAUCUGCAAUGUUCUGCGCCUUUUACUGCGUUGAAUCGAGAGAGUAGAUCAUUGAUGAACUGGGAGACGAGCGUGAAAUUAAAAAUCGAAUUAUUAUUUAUUGUAACUAAUUAAGGUAGAUGAAAGUACGCGAUUGAUACUGUGCGAAUGGUCAUCUGUGGUAUAUUUCUAGUGUGCAAUAAAAGAAAAAUUGAGGUGUCAUGUACCCAGGAAUGAUCGCGUCCCGUAAGUUAUUGAUUAAUGUUGUUAAGUGUCUAGAGGCGAGAGAUACGUAACUGCGUAUAAAAUAUAUUUGUAUUAUAUGUAA